UGACCCGAUUACAUUUUUUUGCGCAUGAGUUUAGCUAGCCAUUAUUUCAUUUAUUUUAUUUUUUAUUAAACAGUGACAUGCAAAACACACACAAAAACAGAACAGCCAGAGCGAUUCCACAAAGAAAUAAGGAAUAUAUCUUCUUCUUUUUUUUAUUACAAAUCCACAUUAUAUUAAUUCAAAUACAGACAUGUAACGAAUACAUGUUUAAGACAUUUGGUUUUGUAUACGUUUUAAUGAUUCUAAAUAGUUUUCCAAAACAGAUUUUAGAAAAAAAAGAAAUGGGGCUUUUUCUUCAUAGAUUUUGAUUUUAUGUAUGAAAAAUGUUCCUAAUAAAAGAAAGAGCUUUUUGAUAUACUCACGUUCAAUUGUGGAAUCAGUGUAGUAAAAUAAUAUGUCCAACUUAGAUAUUGCAAUGGUAUUAUGCAUUUUGUUGCCAAUAUAUAGUUUUACAUCAGUCCAGAACACUUCACUAUGUAAACAAUAACAGAAUAAGUGUUCAAUAGAUUCGGUUUGUAGUUCACAAAAACUGCAUUCACUGGUAACAUCAGGUAUAUAUUUAGAAAUCAAGCUAUUACAAGGAUAUAAUCUAUGGAUAAUCUUAAAGGACAUCUCCUUUACUUUAUUGGCCACCAUAAAUUUGUGUGUGCAAUGAGCCAAGCACGGCGCCAGUUUACAUCAAACGAUGAAGCCCAAAAAAAAUAUCACAGAAGGGAAUAGACUUCAUGUGGAAAAUAUCCCUUAAUAAACGAUUGUUACAUUUAUUAUCCAGUAAACCUAUGCGAUUCACCUAAAUAUCGCGUACAAAGUGAGUUAUUCCAAAAUAUGCAUUAUUCUGAAGUAAAGAUUUUAUCCCUCUAUGUAUAGCUUUAAUAACAGUGUCAUAUUCCUUGCUUGAAACCUCAAAGUUGUAUCUAGCAAGGAAUAUGACAUUACCUACAAGCUGGAUCUGGGAUUUCUAUUGGAGAAGCAGCUCGGUUAAAACUACAGAAUGUGCCAGGAAUAAAGAACAAGAGCUGCUCUCUGAUUCUCUCCGAGGAGAGAGAGUGAUCAGCCAUGGCCAGCUGUCGGAGAGGGAGCCCGCGGAGCCGGGCAGGACAGGCAAGUGGCAGUCUGAGAGCAGCGAGGAAGCCCGGGCAGAGAGAUCCUUCCAGCGAGUUAGGGGAUGCUGGCGAAUCAAUGACAGAGCUACCACAAUGGUUGCGGCUUUAUUUCUAUGGGAUGCACGGUAUCACUUUGGAUAUCCUUCUUUCGUCGGCACAGGGGCUUUUGGCUGACAGGGACCCCAAACUGUUCGGCUUUUCCUCCCCGUACCUCUGCAUCAUGCACUCGGUGACCCAUUUCUUGCUGGAAAAAAUAUAUUCGCAAAAGAAGUGCUUUCAAGGACGCACAGUAGUUUUUCACCUUGUUUUCUAUCCCUCUGUGUACAUUGGGUUGCAGAUCCUGAUUGGGAAUAUAAACACGCUGACCGAGCACGUUAGAAUAGUCUCUGCCACUCAACUCGUCGUUCACUACCUACUGGCACUGUACUUCACCCAAGUUUUCCACAAGGGGCUUGAGCGGCUGCGCUACCACUGCCCCGGGAAACGGACCAUGUCUACACCGGCGGAAAAGCGCACCCUGGAGCCGCUGCCUAAUAACGGUCUGCCCGAUGUUGUGCGAUUCCUCUUCUUUGGAAUGCACGGCUUUUUGGACGAGAUCUUUUUUACCUCGAUAUUCAACCUCGUGGAGAAAUCGGACCGGACCAUGAGCGGCCACACGUCCCUGUGGUCCUUCCUGAUGUACGGAAGCUGCAGCUUCGUGGUAGAGAAACUCUACCUGCAUUUGUACUUUAGACGGGGCUGGAGCACCUGGAGGCGGCUCCCCAUCUAUAUCUGCUUCAUCUACACCUGGGAGUUCUGUUGGGGGCUGGCGCUGCGGCAGUACGAUGCAUGCUCAUGGGACUAUUCCCACUAUCCAUUCAACUUCAUGGGCCUGAUCACGCUCCUCUACCUGCCUGGAUGGGUCUGCAUCAGUCUCUACCAGGAUAUUCUGUCCAGCGUUCUGCUGCGCGUGGUGGUGUGUGCCAAAGACGAGGAGUGAAGCCACCCAGGGCAGGGCGCUGGCAUCAACGUCUGCCAUGUGUCCAGGGGGUAAAAAACGAUAUUAUAGGCCUAGGUCAAUUUGAUUUAGGGACUGUUGAUACCAAUACAAAGAAAGAAGAGGACAUUUAAGACCAUCAAUGUUGUACUCAGACUUAAAUAAUGUGUAUUUCCCUUGUGGAAAUGUGGAAUUGAUGUGGCUGUUUAGAAAGCAUAUUUUAUCAGUGAUUCUAACAAAUAGCCUAUCAAUUUGUGACAGGUAGCCUAAAAGCACAGACAUGCCUUGCCUGGCAUGUGAUGACACACAGACAUGCCUUCUGCUGUGAUGACAACUGACAUUUCGAACUUUGAUGUAGAUGAAACAAUAAUAUUUCACAUUUUACACUUCACUUGCUUGCUCAUUUUAGAGCUGUGAAUUAAUUCCUAAACUAUAUUGACAAAGUCAGCCAUAUGCAUGGUGGCACCAUUUGACGAGGUUGGUCUCUUCAAUCCCAGAGCAAGCUUUGAACUCAUUUCUGCAUGGCUGCAUUCAUGAUCACUUAAUUGCUUAAAUCAUAUUACCUUAAAACAAUGCAUGACAUUUGGAAAUAAAAUAGCUUCUAAAAAGUUCAAAAUGUAUGUAGCGUGAGAUGUAAUCGAACCGAAUAGAACAGGUGGUGGACCGAAUUCAUUUCACUGUGAAUCUUUUUCUGAACCAAACCUUAACCUUACUGUGUUGGAGUGCCUUUCUGAGCAAACCUACAGACAACUGGACUAAAGACAAACUGAACUACACUGUGGGCCAGUUUCCCCCUUGUCCUGGCCAAACGCAAAAUCAAGCUCAAUGGGGAAUUGAUAGUGCUUUAGGGGCUACAACUAUAGGCUUAAUCUGGGUCAUGUAAACAGGCAAUGUGUGCCAAUCAGACAGACCCUGAUGAUCAGCUUUAUAUUUCUCCCAUCUUUACGUAGGGGCAUCCCAGACCCAGGCUUGUUUACCUAACAUUUAUAAAGCAGCGGAGCACGAGUCAGCUUUUUAUGGUUUACACUCUAUAGGUUGAUCUGGAGUGGGCAAUAUCGGGAGUCAGCAGACCUGGUUUCAAAUACUACUUGAAAUCUUUCAGGCACUUUCACUGUUUGUUUUAACCUGCCUGGAGUGCGAGAUGGACGGGUUUUGGGGUUUGAAUUUUUGCGGCUAUUCUAUUGGUUCCACGCCAGGAAAGCUCAAUCAAGCCUAGAUAAAGUAUUUGAAAUGAUUUCAGAAUAGUAUUUGAAUCCAGGUCUGGGAUCAACCUCCAUGCAUAGAGCUCUUUGGCAUAUAUCGUUCUGCCUGUUUUAUUUCCUCGUUUGCCAUUGUACCAAACGGUCAAGUCUCAUGUUCUCUCUGAGGGGCCAAACACAUACAGUAUGUGUGGAUACCUGGCACUGUGACUUCAUUAGCAACCUGUUCCAACCUUAUACUCUUUGGAAAGUACGUUUAGAAACGUAUCGUUUUUGCUCUUUUUACUGAUUGUCAUGAUUCUCUAGCGUGUUUCGAAUGCAUUUUACCGCCUGCCUUCAUCAGUCCUGGGGAUCCCGUGAAACGAAGGUUGGGGGUCACUGAACGCUGGUAAUAUUGAUGAGUAAUACUAGUGCAGGGAGAAAUAUCUUAUAACAUAAUGUCAUUCAAAUAUUACAACUUUUACACAUGUUGAUUUUUGUCCGAUUGUUAUGAAUAUGGACGGAAUGGUUCAUGCCGUGGGAGUUUCCCUGGCCUGCGCGAACAACACCAUACCUUCCAGUCGUCUAGAGACUCACACUGGACGGACUGAUAUGACACAAUUAUUUUCCUUUUGGUUUUGUCGUUUCAAAAUGGUGGGCUUUUGUUGUGAGCGAUGCAAAAGAAGGAUACACAUGGUGAAUAGGACCAGGAGUUUCUUUCCUGGUUAUGUGGUCGGGGAGGAUCUCCUGUCCCUGGUGAAGUUGUUAUCUUAACUAUAUAAGGUUUAUUUUUAAAUGUGAGGUUUGGAAAUCGUUGAUCAACUGUAUUUAAUAAUACACUACAAUCAUGUACUACAUGGCUCACAAUGAGGAAGUAAAACCAUGUUUAUUUUAGGCUAUAAAUGAAGAGAGCCCGAAAGUAUUCUUGCUAUAGUAUGCCCAUGGUGGAAUUUAAUUUAAUCAAUCACUGGAUGGAAAUAGUGUAGCCUGUAUACUGUACAUUACUUCAAUCUUAAAGAAUUCCAUGUUGAACCGACAAGGUUUGCCCAGUUCAUGUUCAUGUUGUCUUGAUUGACUUUGUGCUCUCACUAAAUUGUUUGUAUUUGCAGGUUGUCUGUGUUUCUCUCAGAUCAGCUUCCUUGGAAAUCUGCGCAAUGUCAUAAAAAACUAAAUCCCUGACCUUUACAGGAAACCGCACCUCAAAUAUAUAAAGUCAACACUGCUCUGUGAGUGGAUCAAGAGAUACUAAAUGACUCUUAUCUGUGCCUGGUGUCAGAUUGAGUCUGCAUGAGAGGCAGAGAUGAUGAAUCUGUUUUUUCCACCUCUGCACUGUUUGUUGUGUGUGUGUGUUGUGUGUGUGUACGUGUGUACGUGUGUGUGUGUACAUGUACGUGUGUGUGUGCAUGCGUGCGUGCGUGUGUGUGUGUUUAGACUAGGCUACCCAUGGAAAGUUGUCAAGGAGGCCAUUCAGCGAGGUUGGAGGGGUAAGGUAAGAAGAGCUGUAUUGUACACGUAGGGACCUGUUAUUUAUGUUCUCAUAUAUCUGAUACCCAGUGACACAGCACCAUCAGCCUAUCUGAUUGGCCAUAAACAUCUAGGGACAGCAUUGGCUUAUCUAAUUGGCCGGAUGACUCCCAUCAUUCACUUCUCCUUCUGGACUCAUUAUCUCCCUGCAGACUUCCUCUAUUUGUUACAACAGUAAAACAAUGAUACUAACACAGUAUUUAGUGUUGCUGCUUACUGCUUCACUGGUUCUCUGAGGUAUCACUUCUCCGUUUCCAGUUAUAACACUCGCACACGCUCAAACUCUUAAUAGGCCUAACUCCAGAAGUCUGGCUAAAAUUCAAGGUCAUUCUUUACAGAGUAAAGCAGGCUAACGCUUAAAUUCCAAAUAUCUGCAGUAAUCUACUUUAAUGCUUAAUAAGGCUUUGGGCUCUACCGUGGUCUACCCCCUCGAGUUUCAAGAAACUCCAAAGCAAGGCAGGAGACAUCCACACACACACUCAAGGUUUAUUAUUAUCAGGGCAGGGCAAGGAACAUCUCAUAUUACACUAUUGGCAUUUAACUUUCAUUACAGUCUUUCGCAAUGUGUGGAGAAGAAACUAUUAGUACCUCUUGUCAAUGUCACUGAAUAAAAUAUUUACAAUAACAGCUGUAAUAGGUGCCUGUCUUCACAACAUCAACACC